UUAUAAAAACAUGGAGAUUACACGAUCAACCAAUGAAAUUUAGCCUUCAGUGGAGCAUGAAAGGUGUAAGAUAUGACUUUGUAAUAGCGCUCAAAUAAAUAUUGAACCUUAAAUAAAAUAUUAGGGUUACGCAGAAGGUGUAACAAAGAUACUUAUUGUUGUGUUUUGCACCUAAUUGUCGUUAAUUUAGGAAUAGGAUUUUUUUAACAAGCCUGUACUAAUUAUUUAAAGAACUUCCAACUAUACGCUUGUCAAAAGCUACGUCACGUAUGUUUGUCUACUGCGAGUCAGUGCGCAUGUCAAGUUGAAAAUUGCAAAUGGCGGCCGUUGUUAUUGUUCGUACCGAAUUAACUAUUUGUAAAUUAUAUACCAAUCUUUUUAGCGAUUUUUCUAAUGGACUGUUAUAAUGAUGCGAUGCUUUAACUUCUCAUAAUUCGGCGCGACACGUUUUAUGUACGUUUUUAAGUGUUUUGAGUGUUUUUUUGCUAUUUUAUGUGUGUCAUGCAAAUGGGGUAAGCUGGAAUUAUCGGAUGUCGCUUAGGUUGUUUUGGAUAGUUUCAAUAAGAAAAUGAAGUGAAGUUCUGUGACCUAAAGUGUUAAAAUGGAAACUGCAUAAAGUUUUUCAACUAUCGCUCUUCUAUUGGAGUAAAACGAGAGACGGGAGCGGCUGUAAAUUACGAAUGUUCCAUGCUGUGACUGUUCUCCCCGUACAUUUCAAAAUGGCUGCUGCUCUUCACGAUAUAUGAGCUUUGCGUCACUGGAACAUAAUUCAAUGGAUUUGAAUCGUGAUGAUAUUGUAGUGUUUCUAGUCGUGUGAUUGUCUGUGAAAAAGCGAAAAUAAGCCUCGGAGGGUUUCCCGGGUGCACCAGAACCGGGACAGUAGUGGUGUGUCAUAUGUUUUUGGUGUAGAGUGGACACUGACCAUAGGACCGAUAUUGCUUUGCGUCCGAGCCGGACGGUAAUGUUGCGCUUGAUUUUCCAUGAUGAUUUGGGACACAAGGGAAUAGAAAUUGUGUGGAAUUGAGCGGAAUGUGACAUUGUAUGAGAGCAUGGCAGCGGACAGCGAUGGGCUAGGCUCGGCGGGCGGCGGGUCGUGCGGCGUGGUGGUGACGUGCGAGGGCGAUCUGCGCGACCCGCGGUUCCCCGCUCGCCUGCGCAGGCUGUUGCGCGAACUGCGCGCGCUGCUCGCCGAGCCGCAUCCGAACACGCUCAAAGUUAACAAGGUGGAGCCUUGGAACUCUGUGCGCGUGACGCUGUCGGUGCCGCGCGCGGCGGCGGCCCGGCUGCGCGCGCUGGCGGCGGCGGGCGCGCCGCAGCUGCGAGCGCUCGGUAUCCUGUCGGUGCAGCUGGACGGCGACGCCGCCGUGUCGCUGCGGCUGCAGCAUGGUGCCGAGCUCAGGAUCAAUACCGACCCCGAUGAUGCGAGUACGUCGAGAUCUCAACCAAACGCGGAGCUUCUGGCGGGGCUGGGUGGCAUCGGGCGCAUCCUGGAGGAGGGUGCGGGUAGCAGCGCGGAGCCGCCGCCUGCCCCUGCGCCCGACAGCUUCAAGUCGCCCAACACCGUGUGCCCCAUGGACGGCAAGAUCCCACACAACAUUCCCACGCACAACAACGCAGACCGCUACGAGUUCCCCUUCGGCAGCAUGACGCAGGCGAGGGUUAUACAUAGGAAGGAGAACACUCUAGGUCUGGGCGGUCCCACAAGCAGUAUACGACCGCAACAAUCGGACGGGCCAUUCGUCCGACCGUCGACGUCGACGUUUCCGGGCCCGCCGCCUCCGUACCCCGCGGCGCCUGCCGCUUCCCCCGCGCCCCCCUCCCCCGCGCCCCCUACGCCGCCCGCGCCGCCGCCGACGGUGGCCAUGUCGUCGCCGUUGCUCGUCAACCUGCUGCAGAACGACGCACCCGCACCCUCGCCGCGUCCCAAGCCGCCGCCACAUCCCGCCAAGCUGGAUCGGUUGGAGGAUGGACAGGUGGAGUUAGCGGUGGGCCGGCCGCCAUUUGCGGAGUACCGCAGCCCUCGGUCGGCGGCGCCCGGGCCGGCGGGCAGCGCAGCGGGCGCGGCGCGACCCCCGCCGCCUCCCCGCGCGGCCCCGGCGGCGCGGCGCGCACUGGGCGGGGCGGCGCGCGCAGCCCCCGGGCCGGCGCCGCGCCUGCUGCCGCCGGCGGGCUACGGCGUGUCGCUGCCGGCGCCGCCGCCGCCGCCCUACCGCCAGCAGCUGGCGCGCCCGCCUCCGCUGCAGCACCCUCACGCGCCGCACGCGCAGCACUCGCGAGUGACGCCCGAGGACCUGCAGGCGCUGCUGCCGCCCACUACCGCCUCUAUGGAUCAAAAGACGCAGUCCAGUUUCCAAGAGUUCCAAAGGUAUCAGCAGCAAUAUAUAGCAAAGCAGCGGGCGGCGUCCCGCGCGUCCACGCAGCCCGACUGGAACGAGCCGUACCGGGACUCGUUAUCGCUGCUGGACCUGCCGGACAGCGAUCUUGAGCACCUCAUGCCCACGCUCGGGGACGACCUCAACCUGGACGAGAGCGCCUUCUCCGCCAUCUCCGAGCUAGAUGCGAGUGCGAAGCUCGAAAUGUUGCUAUCCGGCAAUAACGCCAACACGGGCACGCCCGACUCCGUACUGCAAGACAUCACCGGCGACCAGUACGGCAACAGCUCCUUCGCCGAGCCCGCGCAGCGCCACGACGUGCCUUCCAAGGACCCCUACGGGCCCGACAGCUUCAUGCCCCCGCCGCCCCCGCCGCACCACUCCAACAAGUUCCGGCGGCCGCACGCGCCGCUGCCGCCGCACGCGACGCACCCGCCGCACGUGCAGCACUCGCAACACGCGCCGCACCUGCAGCAUCCUCCCAACGCAGUGCAACACGCACCGCAGCACACGCCCAAUGCCAUGCCGCCCUUCAAGUCUCCGCCGGCGAGUGCUAGCCAAGCUAUGCCUCCGCCCCUGAAGCUGCCUAUAAGAGCUACGACCUCGGUCGCUACCGCAACCGUCGGUUCGCAGGCCUCAGCUCAUGAGAUUGAAGAGCAGAGCAAGCAGUACCUCAUCAAAACUCUAAUGAGAGAUGACGAUGUGCCGCCCCUCCCAAAGGAACAGGAGAAAAAAGUUGAAGAGGUCACGGUCGCCAACUGCGAAGUGAAAGAACCUACCGUAGAAGCCGCACCCGAAAUGUUUGGCAUCGCGAAAUCCACGACAGAUGAUGACUUGAGAAGAGCAGAUGACGAAUUAAGAAUGAGAAAUAAACUUAUGAAGAAAGAGCGAGACGACAAACUCGCACAAAAAGGCGGCAAACCACGUACAGUCGGUGCUAAAGAGAAGCCCGCCACGCUCAAAGACAAGAUCAUCCGCGACAAUAAGUCCACCAAAGUUGCCUUACCGCGCACGCCGCCCGCCAAGCCGCCCACGCCCACGAGCGACGCGCCCAAGUCUCCGCAGACGGAGAAAGAAUCCAUCAAGCUCAGGCUCAAGCUUGACAAGAACGAACCAGUCGUCGCACCAGUGUACAAAGCCGACAUCAGCUUCGUCAACCAACAGAAAGGUGACAAGCCAACGGACGGCGAACUCAGGGUACCACCUCUUCACAUUAGUCUCAGAGGGAGGAACUCUGCUGUCAUUAAAAACUCCAAAAAGGAAAAGAAAAAAUUUGGACCUGGCGACUUACACACGAAAAAGAUUAAAAUUAGAAAAUCUUCAGAAUCAGACGACAAGUCGCAUAGGAGGGACUCGAUAACAGAUGAUUCGAUAGCCUCGAAGUCGGGUGAGAGCACUGAGAACAAGACUGAUGACGAGUAUUUAAACGCGAAAGGCAUUAAGCUGAACAACCACUACGAGGGCGAGGGCGUCAAGACAGAAAUCACUGGGGACAAUAACGUCGUGUACAGAAUGAAGACGAUAUCCAAGAACGCUCACAUAGUCACCAAGUCACACGACUACAAGCUGAACAACAAAGUGCCGAGCUUAGACCUCAAGAUGAAAAAGAAACUAAAAAUACUCAACGAGAGCACGAAAUCGUCUGAAAAAGAGCGAGAAAAGGAGCGGGAUAAAGAAUGGCGGAAUGACACGCUAGACAAGGAAGGGAAAUAUGCGCAAAACGAGGGCUACAGAGAGCCCAACAACCACGACGCAAAAAAGAAGUUACCAACUCCUAAAGCGGACGUUAAAUGUGAUAGUUUGAAGUCGGAGGGGAAAACAGUGCAAUCAGACGUUGAUAGUGAACAUAAAACAGGUGCUAGUGAGUUGGAUAGUAGGUUGCUCAAGUGUCAUAAGGAUUUAGAGUGGACGCUUAGUGGCGACGUGCCCGAAUCGCAAACGUUCGCGGACUCGCGGCGCGCCGCCGACGACGACAAUAAGUUGAAACGGACAAUCGCCGAAAGUGCUAUUACCUUACCGAACGGGCUGCUCACCUCUGACAAGAAGAGGAAGGUCAGCCACAGUUCCUGUACAGAGCCGCCCGGCUCCACCAACGUGGGCACCAUCCCCGCCGCGCGCGCCGCCUCGCCGCCCGUGUCGCCGCGCCGCAAGGAGCGGCCCAAGGACAAGUCCUACUGCAAGCUGGUGGCCGAGCGGGCCGCCAGACCCGACGCCGACAAGUUCGGCAGCCGCUCGCCCGCCAGCCAGGCGCAGGGCGAGGACUCGGGCAUCGAGUCCAUGGACGCGCUCUCCGAGAAGUCGCCUAACCAAGCGUCGCAGUCGCCGCCCGGCCCGCAGCGGAAAGAGCGGCUCGACAUGCCGCGGUCCACCAGCCCCGCCUCCGUGCAGCGGAUCAUCGGCGUCAUCGAGCCCGCGCCCGCCUCCGACGAGCUGCUAGAGCGGCUGUCGCUGGCGACUGGCCAGCCGCGCUACGAGCCCGUGCCACCCGACAUCGAUGACCUCGGUGAUAUCGAGGCGGAACUGGCCAAGAUGCACGCCGACCACGUCAACGGUGACGAUGCCGCCGGCCCGGCCCGAGCGCCUACGCCUAUUCUACGCGAUGACCGCGAACAGCCCGCACCCGCCGCUGCGCCGCCCCCCGCCGACAAGGCCAAGCUUGAGGACUUCGACCCACCACCCAGCCGGGUCUCACCUCCCCUUUACACCUACUCGAACCAAGAGAAGCUCGGGCCUGUCGAAGACGUAAAAGAAGAACGUCCGGAACGCACUGAAAAUGGUGAUGAUACCGGUGAGCGAGGCGAGUCUGAAGAGAAGCGGGAACCCAAGCUCGAACGACUACCGCUGAAAGCCGACUUCCCAGACAAAAGCUUAUUAGAGCAGCUGCUGAUAGAGAUCCCGACGCCGGACUACGCGGGCAAGAGGCCAGAGUCGCCCUCGCCGUCGGCGUUGGAGCGAGUGGCGCGUAGCAGCGUGCGCACGCGCUCCAGCAGCAAGCUCAGCAGCCCGGCCGAGCAGCCCCGCACGCCGCGCCUGUCGCCCGCCCUGGCCAAGCUGGAGCGGGCCGACUCGCCGCUCAGCGCGCCGCGCCCGGCCGAGCGCGGCAGCCCGCGCGGGCCCGUGCGCCCGCCCGUCAAGCGGCGCCGCCGCGAGUCCGACAGCUCGGCCGCGUCCGCGCUCAGCUGCGAGGAGGGCCUGUCGCCCGCUGCGCGCCCUCGCAAGAAGCCGCGCCCCGGGCCCGCGCCGCCCGUCGCGCAGCGCCGCAAGGACUCGGACAGCGACAGCGACGAGCCGCUGAUCUGCAAGGUGCGCGGCAAGGGCGCCAAGCCCUCGCGGCCGGGCGCGCGCGCCGCCAAGCCGGCCGAGGCGGUGGGCACGCGGCGCUCGGUGCGGCACGGGCCCGCGCCCGCGCCCCCCGCC